AUGGAAGUUGACCAUCGGCAAGCCGGCGUUGGCACGGCCCCAGUCACCCUUUCGCCGCCCGAGCCAGCUGAGGCCGCCAGUAGCACCUCUUCACAGCAGAGCCUCAGCCAUUCCUCGCAGCUUCAUGCCUCAGGCACUCACUUGCUCUCAAAUUCCUUCCCUGCUCCUGACUGGGAAGACCUUCUCGACUUCGUUGUCGACCAAAGUACCGAUACAUCCGACAGUCUCGCAGCCUUUGAACAAGACUUGGGCUCGAGUGGGCCAGCGUACCCUCCUAUUUUGGAUGGUGACGACCAAACAACCACUGCCGACCUGACCUUCUAUAACAGGCUUAACAGCCCUGUCGUUGCUCAAGAUGAGAUUGCCGGUCCCUCCACUGGUGGCCACUCAACUCGGCCCAAUGCGCCGGAAGACCAAGGCUUUCCACUCCAGCAAACAUGGAUCCUGCCCUGGGAUCUUGAAACUGACGUAUUCCCUGCUUGGCCCGCUGAACUGGACAAUCAAACCGGCUUUACACCCUCCAAUGAUCCUACACUGCCGAUUUUCAACGAGACUGGGGACGACAAAGUCGAUCUACACGACAUCUGGUCACGGCAAAAUGACUUAGAGCUACCUCGGAGCAGUACCAACUCCUCCCUAAAGUUCGUUACACAGCGACCUGCAACGCUUCGCAAUGCUAACGACUUCAACUUCGCGCACCUACGCCGUCGACAAAAGACACUUUUGUCCGACAUGUGGCAUGGCGUUCAAGUUUCCUAA